GUCGAGGCGACCGUUGGAUCUAGCGGGCGGUAGCUGCAACGAUGGCGAGUCCUGGAGGCCCCUGAAAUACCGUAUUGGAGCUGUGUUGCAUGACAAUGUCACACGAAAGCUCGAGCAGGCAGGCUCGAGAUCGUGGGGUGACCCGAUCCAAGGCGGAAAAGGCCCGGCCGCCCGCCCAGCCGGUGCCGCAGGUGGACAUUGUGCCUGGGCGGCUCAGUGAGGCAGAGUGGAUUGCAUUUUUGGCCCAGGAGGAGGGCGAGAACAUGAUGGAGGAUAUCUUGGCUGACUUUCUGGCUCGAGUCAUGGAGUGCGCCUUCAAAGUCUACUUGACCCAACAGUGCAUCCCAUUCACGAUUAGCCAGGCCCAGGAGGCCAUGCUGCAGAUCACUGAGUGGCGCUUCCUGGCCCGGGACGAAGGAGAAUCUGCAGUGGCGGAGGACCCCACGUGGGACGAGGACGAGGAGCCCCUGCCCUGUACCACGGACACCUGGGCCCAGGGCUCGGUGCCUGUGUUGAACGCGUCCACCCCGGACAGUGUGGAGGAGCAUUUCCAAGGCGAAGUAAGCCCAGCCGUGAGCCUCCUUCCGACCCAAGCUUCCUCGGAGCCGUUCAGGACUCUUGGCUUGAGGCCCUUUUACCCAAUUUCGACCUUUCAUUAUCUCUAUGUGUUUCCCCAGGAGCCUGGGAACCCGGACCAAUUCCUUUUAGGUGCACUGUGGCUGGACAGAGACUCCCGGGAGCCGACGGAAUCUUUACAGCCUUCUGCGGAGCCGAGCGUCACCCCGUGCAGGCCGCCCACUCGGGAGCUGUUUCAGGAAGCCGAGCCCGAGGAUGCUUUAGAAGAACCCGGCCGCCAGCAGGGAGGCCACGACUUGGUUGGGUCCUCGAAGGAGGCUUUUCAUCCUUCUCCGGAAAUGGCCCCGGCCGGGAGUCCCCAGCCUUCCCUAGAGCUGCCCCAGGUUGUCAGCGCCCAGGCCUCGGCAGAGAAGGGCCCGCCGCUCAGCGCCCGUUUGUCGCUCCGGGACCUCUACCACUGCGUGCCCCAGCCACAUGCUGCAGGGGACCAGAGCAAGCCCACCGGGCCGCCCCGCGCCAGCUCAUCCGCGUCUGUGCCCCUCUCCUCGGUGCUCAUGCCCAAGGAGCCCUCCCCGCCCCAGCAGCCUGAAGGGUUGGAUGUGCCGCCAGCCCGGAAGCCGACCGCGGUGCGCCUGGAUCCCGCGCGGCUGCCCCGCCACUGGGUGUGGCCUGUGACCGAGGUCCUAAUCCCAGACUCCGAAACACGCCCCUUGGAAACAUACCGCGGGCACCCGCGGGGCCAGAGGACCCAAGCCAGGGUCCGAGCCCCAGCCUACGGGUCCCCACCCCGCCGCUCCUGCGCAGAUGCCAAGCUCCGCGUCUUUGCCCCAGGACACCCUUCCCAGUCCUGUGCUCCGUUCCGUGCUUUGGGCGCUGAUCCUACUUUAAACCUGGCCCAGUCCUCCCCAACCUUUGGGUCAAAGCUGCCACUCCUCAGCCCCAGGUUCCGCUUUCUUGCCAGGCACCCCAAACAUUCUGAAGUGGUUGGCAGCCCCAGCCCCAAACUAUGGCCAUGUGAUAAGUGGCCCAGUGGCUGGGAGAGGGAGGCUGAGCAGCUGGGCGAGCUGUGGACCGAUCGUACUCGCGUGCCUCCCCAGGGCCUGGAGCCUGCUGACGAUGAAGGCAUUGAGGACUCUGGAUGGCCCCUAACAGCGCCCCAGGUCCUCGAGGCCACGUCCCAGGUGCUGUGGAAGCCCAUGGUUCCUUCAGAAACCAUGAAGCUGGCUCCUGAUGUGAGCAUGUGGAAGCGGGGCACCCAGGAGGAGGCUGAAGGAGGCACCUCCCAGGCAGCUGAGCAGCAACCCAUUCAGACAGAUGUGUCCAAGCCCUAGGUGAUCACGACACAGCUAAUAAAGAAGGAAACCACCAAAGCGUGGCUGCUCCCUGCCAAGCCUGUGCCCUACUCUGGGUCCUGAGCCUCCGCUUUGGGAACUGGACCUGCCAGAAAUAAAACGAGUUGCCGCAAGAGUUGGUGUGACAGUUUUCUUCUAAGGCUGUCCAUUCUCUUACUGGACUCCAGGGGCACAGCUGUCCCGCGAACCUGGAUAAAACUUGGGCUGCCAGCUCUAUCUUUAGGGAUCUAGCUGUUCACCAGCAGAAGCACAUGCCAGGCAAGCCUUGUAGCACUAAGCUACAGUCCUGGUCUGAAGUGUUAUUUUUGGAGAUUUGUCUUAUGUAGGCCUCAUGAAAGCCCUGGCUCUCCUGAUUUGGGUCUUGUGGUAAGCAUUAGGGUGGGGAAAUCAUGUGCCCAGGAUGCAAAAUUUAUGCAGGAGUUUACUCUCAGCUUCCCACUGGAAACUUAAGCCCAGGAGUGACCACCUUUUUGGCUUGUCUUGGGCUCUGCCCCACCUCAUUGCUAGUCCCCACUCUGCUUUGACCUGCCCCCCCCUUCCCAGUGGCAGGAUGACAGUCUUUGCUUUGUUGCUAUGGGUUCCACUCAGUGCCCUUGUCUGGUGUCCUAGCUCUGUCCUCCUUAUUCUGGUCCUGCUGUUUGGACAAUGUGUGCAAUUUGGGGAAAAGUUUUGUCCCUGGAACCUUCAGAGGUGCUCCACAGAUAUGACUGGGGCCAACUGUGAUAAGGGCUUCUCCCCACCCUGUCACCUUAUUAGAUACAAUAGCCCCAACAGGGAGGGCAGGGAAGAGGACCAGCUGCCCUAUUCCCCCACCCCUCUUUGUUCCACUGUCCUCUAGAUACAGCCCAGACAAGAGGACCCUGAAGCUGUCUGCCCUCAUAUAUUGGGAAGGUUUUGUUCUGGGUAACCCUACUUCUAAGAGCUGGGAGUGUGGAGAGUGAGUUGGCCUAGAUCCAGGCUGACUCAAACUGCCUCCUGCUUGGUGAGGUGAAUCUCUCAGCUCUGUGGCCUCCAUCUGGAUCUUUGUCUAGGGGCUUCUGGAGGGACCUGAAAUAAACAUGCUGUUUAA